AUGGAGGAUGACGCCGCGGCCGAGACGACCUCGAUCAAUUUCUCCUUAGUCUUGUCGAAUGGCAGCGGUGAUGUGGCCGGCGGCAGCAGCACGGAGUCGCCGCCGAGCGACGACAACGGGAUUAUUCGAGCCGGCCGUGGUGAUGUGCACCACCUGAUGCCCGCCAUACAAGUGCCGAAGCCGAUGCGGCUGCAGCCGCCCACCUCGCCGAUACCGGCGUUGCGAGCGGCCCUUCCGCCGUCCUCGUCGACCCCGUUCGGGGAUGAAGCGUCAGACGGCGGUGCACCAUCGUCGGCCGCCUCUCCUGCCUCGGCGCACGUGGCGAAGUCCAUCACGCCUUUUCAGGAGAUUCACCCGGCAGAGCUGCCGUGCAAGAGGCGUGUUGCCAGCCCCUCCUUGGAAAAAGAUGUGAGCCUUGAUUUUGUGCGAGCUGUCCAGCGACUCGACUCGGAGAACUUCCAGAGAUCGUGGAGUCGCAGCACCGUCAGCGGGGGCGACGGCGACGACGACGACAGCGAGCACAGCGGCAACGACGUCAGUGCCAAGCGACGGUGUCACCAAGGUGCCGCAGGUAAUGCCAUCAACGAGGGUGAACAAGCGACUCAGGCGCCGGCGCAGUCGCCGUCGUCGACGGCCCCAUCUCGGCAGCUGCUUGUGCCACCGCAGCAGCCGACCAGAGCAAGAAACGUGGCAGCGACCACCUCCACCCUCAUCGCCACCACCGCAGACGAGACUAUAAACUUCGAGGAAGAGCAGAAUGAUGACACGGAUGAUACGACGGCGGCGCCGGUGGCUGCUGCCGCGCCGCCGUCUCGUACGAGUGCCGUCAAACAAGCGGCACUUCCACCACCCCAAGAGCAGCACCAGCGUCGGGGCACAGCGCUGACGCCUUCCACGGAGCUGAGAGCCACUGCACACGAAUCACCGCCGCUGCUGCCAUCAACGACAGCGGGCACAACGCCUUCGAAGAAUAUAUCCGGACCGAAACCGCAGACCCCGACGUCGCCACCCGCGCAACAGCCAAGGAAUGAGCAUCGGCGGUCCUCUUCUUCGUCGUCGCGCAAUACCAGCCCUGGCUACACUGUCUCCGCGGCCACGGCCGCGACGAUCACGGGCGCAGCCGACGUCGGCGGUGCAACGCUGCCCACGGCAUCGCUCGCGAGCCAUGGGCGCAUUGCGUUACCCGAUGCGGACCCGCAGCACUACCCGCCGUACCUGCGGGUGCUGUCCAGCAGCAUGCAGAACGAAGACGACCCGAUGUACUGCACCGUGAGCGAGAUGACGAUGGCGAAUCCGGUGACGCCGCGCGGCGGCGUCUCGCUGCCACUUUUGGGUCUCAACACGGGUCCCCAGCAGGCCCGUGGCACCUCUGGGGGAAGCCUGUACCUCUCCCCUCUCCGCCCUUCGUUGCGGUCAGCCGCGGCAGGUCGCCGAGUGCAGUCUUCAGACUUCUCACUCGAUGAGUCCAACGCGCUCCUGACGCUGAACACGGCUCGCGAGGUUGUGAAGUCGGCGACAGCGGGGGCCAAGGAAUCGACGUACUUUCGAGACGUGGCCUUUGAGGACGGCGCCGAGCCGGCGUCGACGUCAACGCCGUCUCAAAGCAUGCUGGGCCUGCACGGCAAGCCCCUGCCCAGUUUCGUCCAGCCGGCUCUGGUGAAGCGAACAGCCGAUGGUCGCACGACCGCGGGCGGCGGUCGCCUCUCUCCGCCAGCGUCACCGCGACAGCUGCCGCACCCCUCUGCCCCGCCGGCAAUCGUUGCAGAGCUCAAGUGCCACGCAGAGCGUGAGGAGGACGACGAGAAGGAGCACACUCUGAGACCGACGAGCACUCCGUCGCCGCGAGAGACUCGGGUCGGUGGCGAAGGCGCUCAUCGUGGGCGCAGGAGCGCGUCCUCGAUCUUCAAGUCCUUCCCCUCCGAAACCAUCUGCGGCCGCAGUAGGAACUCCGUAGCAGCCAAGUCGGGCGUCGACGAGCAUGGCGAAGGCGGUGGCGAGGGUCGCGAUGUCAAGGCGAGCGGUCGCAGCACCAGCUCCAUCCAAUCCACCCGCAGCAGCAGCCUCGCCUCCGGCCUGUCGCGGCUGUCCUCCAUGUUCAAGCGGCUGGUCAGCGGCGCCGCGCACGGGCGUGUAGAGGUCAAAACACAGCGGCCACUUCAAGCGUCUUCUUCGUCGUUGCAGCAGCAGCAGCAGCAGCAGCAACGGACUCGCCAGCGCGAGGACAACGCCGCCACAACCACUGCCGUCGCGGCAUUGGUGACGUCGACGCUGGGGAACACCGUGAAGGUCACCGACAGCAGUACCGACCUCCGCUCCGCUGACACACAAGUCGGACGCAAGCAGAGGCAGCCACCGCCGGCCGUCACCCCCGCAGUGGCAUCAGCAACCGUAGUCAAGCCAGGACGCGCGACGCCGACACGCGAGAUAACAAGCUCGUGGCACGGCGACUCCAUCGACUUCCCCACGGCCGACGAAGAGGAUCGAGGGCUUGGCGAUGGCGUAGUGGGGGUGGCGCCACUGAUACCACCAGCCGCAGCAGUGCCAGCAGUACCUGUAGAGGGUGCGUGUGGCAGUGCUGAGGAGAGUAAGGGGCAGCGGAAGAAAAAGAACGCGGAGCGCCCUGUCCGCCGUCGGCGGCGGCGGCGUCGUCAUGACGCAGAAGCGCAAGAUGGCACCUCGUCAUCGGCAUCGGCGACAGGAGGCGAUGAUCGGCGCAGCAGCAGCAGCAGCAGUGCCGGUGACGUCGACACCUCCUCCUCGUCUACGUUCUUGACAUCCGCGUCGGGCGCUAAAAAACCUCGUCGCCGGCGCGGGGAAACAGGGCGACGGAGCGGACCACGGCGGCAUCGACACCGACGCGAGGGGCGAAAACACCAGAAUGAACAAGACAAUAGUGUGUCGAAGUAUCCUCAGGACCGCCCGUCCUCCUCGACACCGCCGCUGAAGUCGCAGUCCUCCGACAGAUCUGCAAGCAGCAACGGCCGACUAGAUCGCAGCAGCCGGCGCCUGUCACAACGGGGCUGCCGUCAACGUUGUGACGCCAACGAUCGCGGUCUUGCCGCCAGUGGCAAGGCUUUGGCCAGCAGGAUAGCGAACCAGAGACGCUAUCGACGUGCACUGCGUGGCGACGGCGAAUCGCCGCGCACCUUCCGACGCCCCUGCGAGGGUGCUCGGCAUCACAAUACCGCCAACGACAACUCUGACCGAGGCGACCCCGGCGACCCCGGCGGUUCCUUCAGCAGGGACUGUCACGGCGACAUGGUCCCGCCGCCGAUAGCCUCUGCCGCUAUGCUCGCAGCGCGACGUCGCGAGCUGCGCACGAAGUCGCGCGUCAGCUCCUCAGUGAACCACUUCGCUGUGUCGCGGCGCACACGUCCAGCGACACGGCAUCGGCAGGAGCUGCUGCGUCAUGCCGGUCACGCAAGCCUUGCCCGACUGCAGAAACGCGAUGGAGAGCGGACGAGCGGGUCCGAGAAGCCGGCAGCUGUGGUCGCUGAGGCCGUGGCGGCGUCGCGCGGUGCGUCUCCGUCGCAACUGUGGGCCAGCUCGCGGCAGACCACAGUGAAGUCGCAUCAGAGCAGCACGGCACCGUUCCUGCCACAGCCGCUCACCCCAGGUCGGCUGGAGCAGUACGAGGCAGCCCUAACACGCGAUAUUCUCGAGCUGGACGUCAUUGUAGAGAAGCGACGACGACGCGAACUUUGGGCGGAGGCGAGCCCGGAGGCAGCAGCGGCAGCGGCAAAGGCGGUUGCAACGCCGUCACGCCGGCCAUUGAGCGGCGCUGCUCAGCGCCGCGCAAUGACGACCCCCGCUGUCACUACUGGGCCGCUGCCAUCUCGCGUGGGCAUCACCACCGUUGUCACUGCCUCGACCCCGACCCGCACGAGAAGGUCAAGCGCAGGCAACACCCGCGCCGCGCUCCGCUACAACGGCCCGAUAGCCUCAGCGCGUCGCAGCCAUCCCAACGACUACGGCAGCAGUAAGGCCAAUGAGUUGGAGUCUGCGGCGGCGGAUGGACGCGGCAGCGGGGACACCUCAUCAACUGCGCCGCCCACACCACGUGCGGAGACGACCCCCUCGCCGUCGAUCUCUUCGCCCUUGUUUCGCGUUCGCACAGCAGCCGGAGUGCGUUGGCAGCCGCAGCAGCGGCCUAGUGCUCGUGCCUCCUACACCUCCCACACCUCUAACGCGGCCAGCGUGUCGGCGGCGGUGCGGAGGCCGGGUGCGGCGGAUAGCGGCAACGAGGACGCCGAGGCAGCCCCGCACCACUCGAGCUCGACGCGGCUGCCAGGCGAUGCAGCACGCAUCGCCAUGAUGGCAUUGCAGCGCAGAUACGAGCAGCUACUCGAAGAUAUCGUGGCACAGCCAGCACCGCAGCCCCCUGCAACGGCCGAGAGUGACGAAGGUGACAACGCCACGGACGGCGAAGUGCUCAUGAAGGCGCACUCGCGGCACAACUACAGCGCGCGUCGGCAUCAGUAUCCUCAUCAGCACCUCAGCCGAGAGCAAGGCGAGGGAGAACGCAAUCGCGGAGCUGCGUCCUCUUCCUCUACGCAAGGGAGGCGGUCUGCUCCAGCACCGACGCAGGUCGAUGCAAUGAUGGAGGCUGAGGAGGCGCGCUGUUCCGCAGCGCUGCGGGCCGAGUACUACCAACCACCGCAACGCGAACAAAACCAGCAGCAGGAGCCGUCGAAGACCAUGGAGCGGGUGCCUCUCACUCCUGCAACGCACGAGGCGGGUGCCGACACCGUCCCGGUGGCGCAUGUGGCAGCGCCGUACGCGCAAGCGCUGCGACCGUCGUGCGCCGCCUGCCGUCCGCAACAGCUAAACGAGUACAUUACCUUGGGGCUGCUCUCGAUGAUGCGCGGGUGUGCCGACGAAUGUGUCGACACGGCUGCUGUUGCUGCCAGUGAGACCGCGGCCAAUCUGCGACAAGCUCACGCGCGGCCAGUCACGACACCCACGCUCGUGCAGCGGCGCAUACGCGAAGACCUCUACGCCGCCCCUCGGCGUUGCUCACGUCGCCGGAUGACGCAGGCAGGCAGAAAGCAGAAGGCUACCUGCUCCGACGGCAACACUGCAGCGGCCCCGCCGAUCACGUCGGUCUCGGCCUCGUGCGGUGUCGUUCUGUCGUCGAUGCACGCGCAGAGCGCGGACGCGGCAGCGGCGGGCCGCGACGUCGGCUUGUCGCCGCAAGCUGGAACGGCGCCCUUGCCCCUGGCGCAGCUAACGCACUCCUUCACACCUACCCCAGUGGUCAUCGACAGUGCCUUGCUCACAAGGCUGAUGCGGCGGGAGCGCCGUGCGCGGCGUGAGCGCGCUUCGCAGGAGCAGGAAGCAAGGUACACACUUCAGCGGCUCUACAUUGUGGAGACCAUACUGGUGCUGCGUGCCAUGGAUAAGGCGGCGGCGAUGCAGGAGCAAGAGGCGCCAGCGGCACCGGCGCUGCCAACGAGUCAGGCCCUAGCCAGCGCUGCGACAGCACCCGUCAACGACAGAGGCGGCAACAGGAGCGGCAGUCGCUGUCCGCUGGCUGCAACACGAAGCAGCGGAGACGCGAGCGUCGAGGCCGACGGCGGUGCUGCUAGGGAGCCGGUGGUAGCAAUCGUGUCCGUGUCGCAGCAGCCGCGUGAAGAGGCCUCUGCGAGCGAGGAGGAACACGUUGCAGCGGCUGUUGUUGUCGUGUGUGGCGACGCCGCCGCCGCCGCCGCCGCCGAGGGUGCGCUGCACGUGACGCCGGCGUCCCAAGGUGGUGAGGGCAAGGGCACACAAAACGAAAGCGCGCGUGCCGCUGUGGCGCCGCUGCCAAUGCGCGACACCACGGCGCGGUCGCUUGCCAUGGAUGCGUCGGAGAUGCGGUGCGGAGUGGAAGUCGACACGGUGGAGCGCGAUGCGGGCGACAGCUCAUCUUCGUCGGCUUCGCCAGCGGUGCUGGUGACACCGUCGCCUCAGACAGCUGUUGCCACGGAGGUUGGUGGCGAAGUCAAGCAGGCUAAGGACCACGGCGGCGAUGUCGAUGUCGCAGAGAGCAGCAGCAGCAACCGCAGUGCCUCAUCAGUGCUGUCCUUUCACGUAGAAGACAGCCAGGAAGGUGCUGCCCUGCAACAGCCCGGCCCUGGAUCUGACGGCGCAGAUAAGGAUCAUUACCCUGUGGCGGCGUCGGGCAGCUCAGCUGCGGCCGCCCCCGCCGCUGCAGCGCAGCCGUCCUCGGACGAGUCUACCUCGCCAGUAACUGCGGCCGUGGAUAGCCUAGCUACACCGUCCACUGCGUCGCCGCAAGCGGCCGAGGGGCGACCCUUGUCAAUCGACAGAGGCGAACCCAUCACUGACAGCGACCGUCACGGCACCCUUGACGAUGUCGACGGCGCCGCUGGCACGGUGGACGACGCACUCGAUGGCCACGCUGCUGCAAGCCCACCCUCUGCGGGGAAGCACGCCAAUGCAGCGCCUCACCGAUCUCCUCCGCCGGUGCCGUCAUCUUCUUCCGCGGCCUCUGCAGCAUCGUCCUCGCCAUCCCGCAGCCUGCAUGUGGUCGAAGUCCUGGAGGCUGUACGAGCAACGACGCUUGUGCCAGAAGGCGAGGGUGCCGUGGGUGCAUCGCACAACGCAGACGACGCAGGUGCGACGGACCUGGAAGCAGUGGCCCGUGCCGCCAUCCAGACCCCAGUCACGCCCGUCGAGGCGACAACCAGUACGGCCCUAGCAUCGGCUGCUGCUGCAGAGGCGAUACCGGAAUCUGUGCCACCACCGAGCGCCGGAGACGACCCGAGGCGGGCACUGGAGGGCCCACGACCGUGGAAAAGAGAGCAGCGGCAGCAGCAGAAAAUGGCCACCGCCAGUACACGGUCCGCUGUGCCAGCCUCGCCGCGCCGCGUGCGCUUCUCCCUUCAGUCGGAGGUGGUGAGCAGCGACGCUGGCGAGGUCAAGGAAGUUAGCGGUGCAUCGAAGCAGACGUGCUGGGAGGGGCGAGCAACGUCGCCCACAGCCGGUGGCCCGCAGACGAUGACGCCUGAGCCCUUCAAGCGCGCCGCCGCCGCCAAGGAUGACCUCGCUAUCGAUCUGUUGGAGAAGCUCAACGGUCUGGAUGCACUACUCCUCCACAGCUUCCCGACCUACUUCACCACCGGCACCGAUGAAGACGGCCUCCCCGGCGUCGUUAUGCGCCCCCAUCGGCACCUGCCGUUCGUCUCGCCUCAGCCGCUGCAGCCAUGUCGAUCGGCACCAUCGCGGCACCUCUCGGACAGCAUGCCUCCACUAGCAGAGGGACGCGAGACGCCACCGGCGUCCGCAGCAGGCGCAGCAGCGGCAGACGCGUCGCCGUUCGAUGCGCACGCAAGUGCCCUCUGUGGCCACCGCACGUCGCCGCGGCUGCCGCCAGGGAGUCUAGCUUCGCAGCUGCGCCGCAAGUACGGUCUGCCCCAGCCGGUGCAGCAACGUCGCCACGAUCACUCUGCGGAAUUCACGCUGGGCCUUCCCGCAGCAGCAACACCGAGUGUAGCUGCGGCGCCCUCAACACCCCCGUCCGCGUCUGCGUCGGGCUCAUGGCCGUCGGCGGUGCCCGCUGCGGAACGUCCCUCCCCGCAGGAGGGCAUCGACGCUUCUCACCUUGCGGUGCGGCGCUCAGUGUGGUUCUAA